UGAGGGGAGCAGCAGGCGCCAAUUGGGACCCUCCUCCGGUGGCUGGGGAGCAGCCGGGGAUCAAACCUACGUCGCAGAGGCUUUGGGCAGCUUCGCAACCCAGCGCUCAACCGCUGCGCCACCGGGGAGGCCCCCAUAUUGACUCUUAAGGGGAAAAUCAACCGAACAGGAUCAAGGAUGGCCAGACUACCUGUGGCCGUGAGCCCUCCUCAGUGCUCCUGGGGCUGAGCUGGGAUGGCAGCCAUGGGGUUGCGUGGGCCCCAGUCCUGGUUGUUGAGCCUGCCAACAGCCGUGGUCUAUGGCUCCCUGGCCCUCUUCAUCUCUGUCCUGCACAAUGUGUUUCUGCUCUACUACGUGGACACCUUUGUCUCGGUGUACAAAAUCAACAAAGUGGCCUUUUGGGUCGGAGAGACCGUGUUUCUCCUCUGGAACAGCCUCAACGACCCUCUCUUCGGUUGGCUGAGUGACCGUCAUUUCCUCAGCUCACAGCCCCGGUCGGGCGUUGGGCUCUCUUCGAGGGCUGUGGUGCUGACACGGGUGCGGGCACUGGGCUGGCAUGGGCCCCUGCUGGCACUGUCGUUCCUGGCAUUCUGGGUGCCCUGGGCCCCAGCUGGCCUGCAGUUCUUGUUGUGCCUGUGCCUCUAUGAUGGCUUCCUGACGCUCGUGGACCUGCACCAUCACGCCUUGCUGGCUGACCUGGCCCUCUCAGCCCACGACCGUACCCACCUCAACUUCUACUGCUCCCUCUUCAGUGCGGCUGGCUCCCUCUCUGUCUUUGCCUCCUAUGCCUUCUGGAACAAGGAGGACUUCUCUUCUUUCCGCGCCUUCUGUGUGGCACUGGCCGCUGGCUCUGGGCUGGGCUUUGUGGGGGCCACACGGCUGCUGAGGCGGCGUGUUGAGGUGGCCGGCAGGGAGCCAGGGGGCCCGGCCAUGGCUGUGGAUGGUGGCCUGUGUGGAGAGGAGCUGAUUGUAGGCCGUGAGGAGGCGGGAAGCAUCACCUUGGGCCAGUAUCUCCGGCAGCUGGCACACCACAGGAACUUCCUGUGGUUCGUGGGCAUGGACCUGGUGCAGGUCUUUCACUGCCACUUCAACAGCAACUUCUUCCCUCUCUUCCUGGAGCAUCUGUUGUCAGACCACAUCUCCCUCUCCACGGGCUCCUUCCUGUUGGGCAUCUCCUAUGUCGCUCCCCACCUCAACAACCUCUACUUCCUGCCCCUGUGCCGCCGCUGGGGUGUCUAUGCCGUGGUACGGGGUCUUUUCCUGCUCAAGUUGGGCCUGAGCCUGCUUAUGCUGUUGGCUGGCCCGGACCACCCCAGCCUGCUCUGCCUCUUCAUUGCCAGCAACCGUGUCUUCACUGAGGGCACCUGUAAGCUGUUGACGUUGGUGGUCACUGACCUGGUGGAUGAGGACCUGGUAUUGAACCACCGCAAGCAGGCAGCCUCGGCGCUCCUCUUUGGCAUGGUUGCCCUGGUGACCAAGCCAGGCCAGACCUUUGCCCCGCUGCUGGGCACCUGGCUGCUGUGCUUCUAUACAGGUCAUGAUCUCUUCCAGCAGCCCCCGCUCACUCCUGUGGGGAGUGCCCAGCCCUGGCCAGAGCCCCCGGCCCCACCCCCAGCGCAGGCCCCCACGCUCCGCCAGGGCUGCUUCUACCUGCUGGUGCUUGUGCCCAUCAUCUGUGCUCUGCUGCAGCUGUUCACCUGGUCCCAGUUCACGCUGCAUGGGAGACGCCUGCACAUGGUCAAAGCCCAGCGCCAGAACCUGUCCCAGGCCCAAACCAUGGACAUUAAGACAGUGUGAGCAGUGUGGCCAGGCAUUCUGCUGGGGACACUGCCCACAGCCCCGGGAAGGAGCCAUGUUUGCCCAUCUGGUGUCCUACUCCUCUGCCUUUCUUGGUUGCCGGCUGGAGAACAGAUGGCAGAAUGGGGGCUCUUGGGGCUAAGCCAGGAGUGUCACGGGGUCUAAGAUUCUGCUUGGCUGUGCAGUCUAGCAUGGGCAAGGGCUAGGAUGUAUGUGCUCAGGGAUCUGCCUCCAACUGUGGGGCAGGAGAAUGAAGAGGACCAAGAAAGGGAUGGACUGCUGCCGGGCAGGGAUUCCCUGUCCCAAUAUCCAUCUGGGCUGGCGCUCUGAGGGGGUGCGGCAGCCACUUUUGAUACUGCAACCGCUCCCUUCCCACCAGGGGAAGCAGAUUGGAAGUGCCACGUCACCUCCCUUCCAGUGAUUUCCCUCAGAAUUCUCUGCUUCAGCCAUGCCUGAACUAGCACGCUGCCAAUGUUAAAUGGCGCCCCCAAACCCACCCGGCCUCUGUAGGUGCAUCUCGUUGGACUGUUUAGUCAGUCAUUCUGUUCCCAUUACUGAGGUCUGUGCUGCGUGUGGGGGUGGUGGGUUGGAGAACAGGGUUCUUCACUUAAUAAGAGCAUUUCUUCCAAAGGUUAGGAGGGCACCACAUUGGACUCAAUGAGGAAACAGGGAGAAUGUACAGAUAGCUGCGUGGGGACUUGGGAGUGAGAUGGCUUUCAGGCGGGCAGCUGUGGCCCUAGUGCAUGCCCACGUGCCACUCUGGACAUGGUGGGCAAGUAAGGGCACCGCUUCCAGUCCAGAGGGCCUCAACCUUGAGAGUUAGGGAACUUUAAAAAAUGUUGAUGUCUGAGUUUUGUUUUCCUGGAUUCUGACUCCCCGGGUUUGGGGGGAUAGCCUGGGCACUGCGGUUUUGGGCAGCUCUGGUAAUUUUUCCUAUAGUUGAGACUGAGAACCUUGGCUCUAGAACAUUUAGGGCUGGGUAGUCCUUUGUUGUGGGUGUUAGCAGCAUCCCUGGCCCUACCCAGUGCCAGCAGCACUCCCCAGCCACCUCCAGACUUGCCAACUGUGUACUGUGUCUUGGAGAGCAAAACUGACCUCCAGUGGGAACCACUGUUGUAGGUCAGUGGCUUUUUGAGGGUCUGCUCCGUGGUUAAGAACUUUAGCUCUAAAGCUUCAUUGCCUGGUUCCAAUGCCAGCUAACAAAGGGCAGAGUUUUAGGAAAACACCUAAUCUUUCUGUGUUCUGUUUUGUCUUCUGUAAAAUGAGUAAUAAAGACAUUUGUAGGGUUGUUGGAUCACACGUUGGUUGAACAUUUGUAAUGGGCUUGGCAGUUUUUCCUAAGUAUGAGUUUAAAAAGAGAGCUGUCUUGCUCUUUUGACUUGCUCCCUACAUUCAGCAUGAAGUCGCACCUUUGCGUUUGAAUGUGUGCACAGGGCUCACUGAGACCCUGUGCAUUGAGACCCUCAGUUCCUGAACCAGGGCUUUGGCAUGAACACUGUUUGCUCUGUAUCUGGACAGGCUGGGACUUGGGUUGAGGUCUGGCCAGGUCUGGCCAGUGCAACAGCUCCCUCUAGAGAAUGGUUGAAGCCCAGCCCACCACCUCAGGGCCCACAGCUCCAGCUUCAAACAGACCAGCUGACAUGUCUAUUGGAACAACUUUAUUUAAGUACACUGGGCCCCACCAGGCAAUGUGGUUUGUGUGAGGCUGUGCGAGGGAUAAGCUUGGGCUAAGAGAAGGGAGGUGAGCUGGUUAAGCACACUGCAGUCCACGGGUUGCCACGUCGCUUUCACACACACCUGCUGCUGUGGCCCAUACCUGGCAGGGCCUUUUGGCCAUUGGACGGCAUGGGGGAGAAUACUGAUGGAACCUGGGAUGGGGGUAGGUCUUGGUGUCACAGGUGAGAGUGCCAGUGAAGAUGUGCUAGCCCCAGCCUUGCACCAUCUGGGCAGAAGGGCCUUUGGAUCGCUGCUGCACAACCUAGUCCAGGGGAGGCACCUAGACCAGAGAUCAGCCCGGGUCUUGGCAUUCAGCUCUGGGUACAAUGGCCUGGUCUCCUCCCUCUGUAAGCAAGUCCAAAGUCAAGAAUGGCAUAGAAUCAUCCUAGAGGGGGCCUUUCGUUGUUACAACAACUGCACACCCGCCACCUCCAUCAGCCGGAGUGGGAAAAGGCAACUUGGUCAAUUGCAGCUCUUUCUCUAGUCCUAAAGGGGCUGGAAUCCCCAACACUCGUCUUUUGCUAGGAGCUUCUGCCAAUAAGUGAUUCUACCUUCUACUUCAGAAAAUCCAACCAAUGACCAGCCUGCUGAUUCCAGGGCAGGAAGCAAAUGGAAGAGGGAAGAGGAAAGUGGAGUGACUGAUGCAGCCUAGACCCCAGAUGGUCCUGAGACCUGUGGAUACUGUCAGCUUGCCAUCAGCAGGGAGUGGCAGGGCCCUGGGUGCUACGCUAAGCUUAGGUGCUGUAAACAUUAGUGUGAACAGGGCGACUGUAGCAGGAGGCAGUGAGCUCCCUGUCUCAGUCCCCAAACUGAACAAACACUUCAAUAAAUAAAACUGAAGAUGGCCUUGCCCAAGGAUAAAGGAAAAGUAACAGGGCCUGGAGUCAAGAGGCUCCUUAAGCCUGGAUGGGGACUGGGGCAUAAACUUUGGUGUCCAUCUGAAGUGGCACUACGCCUGCCCUCCUCAAAUGCCCAUUGUGGUCCUGGUCCCCAGGGGAGGUUGAAGGCAGCCUGCCUUCUGACCCGAAUCAGUAAUAGCUCCUGGAGUGCUUGUCCAUCUUCCCAAAUCAAAACUGCAACAUAACUAGACAGAACUCAACCCCGGCUCCAAGUCUCAGCCAUGAUCAAGAGGCAUCAAGAGCAGAAUGAGUAAGGGGAGAUUGCAGCUGCCUUGGGCCUCGGCACCUUGCGGGUGGGGGUGAGCGUGGGGCAGCCCCACCUGGGAUGGGCAGCAGCAAGAUCUCCUGGGGUUAGGUUUACCU